UCUCUCUCUCUGUAGGUGUUCAUGGUGGUUAAAUACAUAUAAAGCUAGGCAACUUUUUAGCUUACUCUAAAAUCUAAAUGCUUGACUGCCAUAUUCAUGUGCGCGCGCUUGAGAGCUGUAACGCUAUAGUAUAGCAACAGGGCUUUGUUUCUUCUUCAUUUUUGAAUGGCUUCUUCUUCUUCUUCUUCUUCUUGGAUACUGCAACUCUUCUUCCUCGUUGAGGUUUGGCUCUUCUUCAAUGUCGGGUGUCUUGACGGUGUGAAUGCAGCAACGUCGACAGUGACUGUGGGUAACAUUUCAAAGGUGGAAGAUGCCGUCAAUUUCCAUAUCUACUAUGGCCAGACCUUCAAAGUUAUCAAAAACGCCAUUGACGGCAAGAGCUACCUUCUCAUCCAGAAUAAUUCGAGGAUGGCAGCAAGGACAAAGUACUGCACCCCAAGGAUCAAAUCAUAUGUCAUUCCACUGUCAAACUAUUCCAUUGAUGCCCAAUUAUUUCCAGUUUCCUUUUUGGAGCUUUUAGGGUUACUAGGGAACUUGAAGGGCAUUACAUCAGACUCUGUAGCUUCUCAAUGCGUAUUAAAAUUAUUCCAAAGUGGAGAAAUUCAGAUAAUCAACAAGAGUGAUCCGCAACAGCUCUUGCAAUUCGGGGCACACUUUGUUACCGACAAUACUGAUCAACCACAAGCUUGCAAUAUUGCUUCUUUUGUUCCCUUCGUAGAAGAUGCACCUCUGCAGAGAGCAGAGUGGAUCAAGUUUCUGGGAGUUUUCGCAAAUCUUGAAACGACAGCCAAUCAAGUUUACGACGCCGUUAAAGAGAAUUAUCUAUGCUUGACUAAAGUCGCGGCAAGCAAGAAAUCAUUCAAACCGACAGUAGCUUGGAUGGGAUAUUAUGAUGGUGUCUGGUCAUUUACAAAGGAAGCAUUCAAGUUGAAGUACACAGAAGAUGCAGGUGGAGAGAAUGUGGACAGCUCUAUCAAUAAGAUGACUUAUAACAUCUCUAAUCCUGAAGAUUUGGAUCAACUGCAUGCCAUCCUAUGUACUGUGGAUGUACUUAUUGAUGAAACAUAUACUACUGAUCCGGCCAGCUACACUUUAUCAACUUUCUUCCAAAAUAUAUACAUUGAAGAUCACUCUUGUUUUUCUUUUCUUACAAACCAAACUUUAUGGAGAUAUGACAAGAGAAUUUACAAUUCAACUCUUG